CACAAUCUCUCUCUCUCUCUCUCUCUCUCCUCUCUUGUUUCUCUCUAAAACCUUUGCCCUCUCUCUCUCUCUCUCCCUAAAACCUCAGCCUAGAAUUUGAUGGCCUCGUCUAUUCCGCCACCCCACUAUUCCCAUUCCUCCACAAAGCCCUACCCCCAAAACCGCAACAACUACCAAACCCACCACCAUCACCCCCUCCAAAACCACCGCCAAACCCAUCACCAACCCUGGUCCCCCUCCUCCUCCUCCCACAAUCUCUCCCUUUCCAGAGGACCAUCUAGACCUCCAAAUGCCGCCAAACCAACGACGCUGCCCCCACGCCCCAUCUCCAAGCCUAGUUUCACUACUUCCUGCUCUUAUCCGCCCCUUCCCUCUCAAACUCAAUCAGAACUUUCUUCCCAUUUCUCCGGCCGAAGAUCCACUCGAUUCAUCUCCAAAAUGCACUUCGGCCGUCCCAAGUCCGCCGCCCUCGCUAGCCGACACACCUCCAUCGCCGAAGAAGCCCUGCACCAGCUUGCCAUGCGAUUCAGCAGCAGCAGCAUCAGCGAUGAUGGUGAUGAUAAACAUGUAGAAAGAGUCCUGGUCGAUUUCGAACCCAAGCUUUGUGGGACCGACGACUACACAUUCUUGCUUCGUGAGCUCGGUAAUCGGGGGGAAUGCUCCACGGCCAUGAGAUGUUUCCAAUUCGCCAUUCGCCGCGAGAGAAGGCGUAAUGAGCAGGGUAAGCUUGCGAGUGCCAUGAUUAGUGUUCUUGGAAGGUUGGGAAAGGUCGACUUGGCUAGGAAAGUGUUUGAUACGGCGAUUAAAGACGGAUACGGGAGUACUGUUUUCGCUUAUUCCGCUUUAAUAAGUGCUUAUGCCAAGAGUGGGUGCUGUGAUGACGCUAUCAAGGUCUUUGAGACCAUGAAAGCUUCUGGCUUGAAGCCCAAUUUGGUAACCUACAAUGCUUUAAUUGAUGCUUGUGGAAAAGGGGGUGCAGAUUUUAAUCUUGCAUCGGCAAUUUUCGAUGAGAUGCUGAAAAAAGGGUUCCAGCCUGAUCGAAUUACGUAUAAUUCGCUUCUUGCUGUUUGUGGUGGUGCCGGGUUGUGGGAUACUGCGCUCAACUUGUUUAAUGAGAUGGUUCAUAGAGGAAUUGAUCAGGAUAUUUACACUUACAAUACGCUUCUGGAUGCUGCUUGCAAUGGUGGGCAUUUGGAUGUGGCUUUUGAGAUAAUGGCGGAUAUGCCCGCCAAGAAUUUACUGCCUAAUGAGGUAACUUAUAGCAUUUUGAUCCGGGGAUGCGCCAAGGCAGGGAGAUUGGACAACGCACUGAGUUUGUUUAAUGAGAUGAAAUUUGCAGGUGUGAAAUUGGAUAGGGUUUCUUAUAACACUUUGCUUGCUAUUUAUGCGAGCCUCGGUAGGUUUGAGGAGGCUUUGAGCAUUGGACAUGAGAUGCAGAGUAUGGGGAUUAAGAAGGAUGUUGUUACUUAUAAUGCUCUUCUUGAUGGAUACGGGAAGCAAGGGGAGUACGAAAAAGUGAAGGAACUAUUCCAAGAGAUGAAAGCAGAGCGUUUUGUGCCUAACCUGUUGACUUACUCUACUUUGAUCAGUGUCUACUCUAAAGGUGGUUUGUAUAGAGAGGCAAUGGAGGUUUAUAAAGAGUUCAAGAUGGGAGGGUUGAAGGCUGAUGUUGUCUUUUAUAGCAAACUUGUCGAUGCCCUGUGUAGGAAGGGACUUGUGGAGUCAUCUGUAUUGUUGCUUGAGGAGAUGACAGAGAAAGGGAUUCGACCCAAUGUUGUCACUUAUAAUUCUAUUAUUAACGCCUUUGGUGCAACUGGAGAAUGUUCAACCGAUGGUGCUGGUGGAAGUGGAAAAUCAGGGUCACUGGUUGAAUCUCCACAGUCGGUGGUUCUUUGGGAUGCCGUCCGUUCCACAAUUGAACAUACGGAUGGUGACAGGAUCAUUAGGAUUUUUGAGGAACUAGCGGCUGGAAAUUCAUGUCAUUCGAAGAAAGACAAAAGGUUCCGACAGGAGAUUUUGUGCGUCUUGGGAGUUUUCCAAAAGAUGCACGAACUGAAAAUAAAACCAAAUGUGGUCACAUUUUCAGCAAUUUUAACUGCUUGCAGCCGUUGUAGUUCAUUUGACGAAGCUUCAUUGUUAUUGGAGGAACUUCGUUUGUUCGAUAAUCAAGUCUAUGGAGUCGCCCAUGGACUUCUCAUGGGCCACUGCGAGAACGUGUGGUUGAAAGCUGCAUCCCUUUUUGAUGAGGUGAGACGGAUGGACUCUGCAACGGCAUCUGCCUUCUAUAAUGCUUUGACUGACGUGCUGUGGCACUUUGGGCAGAGACGUGGGGCUCAACUGGUCGUGCUUGAAGGGAAACGACGCCAUGUAUGGGAGAACACGUGGUCUGAUUUUUGCUUAGAUCUUCAUCUCAUGUCUUCCGGUGCUGCACGUGCUAUGGUUCAUGCUUGGUUGCUCAAUAUACGGUCUAUCGUUUUCGAAGGACAUGAGUUGCCAAAACUACUGAGCAUUUUGACAGGGUGGGGGAAACACAGCAAAGUGGUGGGUGAUGGGACACUAAAGCGGGCAAUUGAGGGACUCCUUGGUGGAUUGGGGGCACCAUUUAGGGUGACGGAGUGCAAUAUUGGGAGGUUUAUAUCAACAGGUGCUAUGGUGGCUUCUUGGUUGAGAGAAUCAGGCACUCUCAGUGUCCUCAUUCUUCAUGAUGACAGAACUCCCACACAGACUGCUUAUCUUCCUCAACUCCAUACAAUCCCCUUGUAGUACUUGUAUGUAUUUCUAUUCGGCACUACUCUCUCUCUCUCUCUGGCUUUGCUCCCGACAUUUUCAGUCCAUGUAAAUUAAGUGUCCGAAUCAA